AUGGUAUUCAGGCAACUAAGCAGCGCGAGCUCGGCGCUCCUCAUCCGCAUCCCACCCAAGAUCCUGGUCGUGAUCGGGAUCAUGGCGGUGGGAGCACCCGCCCUAGCCACUGCCCAAGCGUACAGCUCCAAGGAGCUGUUGACUUGGAUGCAGUCCAGCAACUUCGGCUACCAGGUGCUCCAGCAGGCCCUGCAAGACAGCCAAUCCUCCAGUGCCUCUGAGGCGUCUUGCCUGGCGGAGGUGCGCCGCCUGCUCAAGGGAGCAGAGGCCAAAUCCUUGCCAGCUCUUCGAGUUUUCGACGCCUGGGGAAAGUUUCCGCAAGGACUGCUCUACGGACACUUCACGGACAUGGGCAACUACGAGUCCUGCCUCAGCUUGGAUCUCAGCCAGAGUCUGGCCGGAGCCAAGUAUUGCCUGAGUCGUCUGCAGUUCGAGAGCUUGCUCAUGGAGUCCGCCGGCGCAGAUGCCAUCAACCUGAGCAUAGGCACCUGCAUACCCUCGUCCUGCAGUGCCGCCCAACUCAGUCGAUGGAUGUCUGGCCAUCUGAAGGAUAUGUUUGGGCGGAACUCGACGGGCACUACUGCGGUGCAGGAGAAGGACUGCAGCUUGGCGCACAGAGAGCCCAUGAGUGGACUUGACUGGUCUGCCGUUGCGAUUCUCGUCUUAUUGUGCGCUGUCGUUCUGCUGGCUACAGUUUUGGACUACAGCGAAGUGUCCAACAAUCUGCUGGGUUCCUUUUCCCUGCGCAAAAAUGUACCCCAGUUGCUUAAGACCUCGCACGCACCAUCGCCCCGAGUGAUUCCAUGUCUGCAUGGCAUUCGUUGCUUGACCAUCAUCUGGAUCAUACUUGGCCACGGCUACAUGUACCUCCUACUGGCGCCCACCGUUAAUGCCUACGACAUCGUGGCCUGGGCCCAGACGCCCUUCUCCAUGGUCCUCCAGAGCGGCUCUACGUCCGUGGACACCUUCUUCCUGCUGAGUGGACUGCUCCUGGUGCUGAGCGCCCUGCGGGAGAUGGAUCGAUCGCAGGGGCAUCUCCAUGUGCCACUGAUGUAUCUGCACCGUCUGGUGCGCCUGACUCCCGUCCUGGCCCUGGCCGUGCUCAUCUUCAUGACUCUUUUCCCGCGACUGGACAGUGGUCCCCUGUGGAACCAGUUUACCAGCUCCUCGGAGCUCUGCCGCGAUACCUGGUGGGCCACGCUGCUCUACGUCCAAAACUAUGCAGCUCCUGGUAGGAUGUGCUUGGGUCAUUCGUGGUAUCUGGCGGUGGAUAUGCAGCUGUAUAUUGUAUCACCGCUUCUUCUGAUCGCCCUCUACAAAUGGAGAAGAAGGGCUGUCGCGGGUAUUGUCCUGCUAAUCCUUCUGCUGUCCGGCUGCGUCUUUGGUAUAGUUAUGCUGCGGGAACUGAAAGUGUUUGAUCGAUACGGAAACCUUGGUGGUGACAGCACCGAGAUGCGUCUCAUCUACUACACCACCCAUGCCAGAGCCACUCCCUGGUUGAUUGGACUGCUCUUUGGCUACUUUCUGCACCACCAGAGUGCAGGGAAGAGCCGCCUGCCCAAGUGGUUGGCUUUGCUGCUGUGGAUGCUGAGCCUUUCCAUGCUGGCCACUGUGAUCUUCGCCGUAUAUCCUUAUACCCAGAGUGGGACAGGGGACAUUUCCGCGCUGGCUGGAGCCUUCUAUCUGUGUUGCAGUCGGAUUGCCUGGCCUUUGGCCUUGUGCUGGAUCAUCUGGGCGUGCCAGAAUGGACUGGCACCCAUUGUGAAUGAGUUCCUGAGCUGGUCCUUUUGGCAGCCGCUUUCCAAGCUAUCCUACUGCCUCUAUAUAUGGCACCUUCUGGUGGAAACGGUUCACAUAGCGCGAAUCAAGACGAGUCUGCACUUUUCUGACUACGACGCUUUUCUCCGCUUUUGGUCGGACUUUGGCAUCACCUUGUUCGUAUCCCUAUUCAUGCACCUUUUUGUUGAGGUGCCAUUGGGGCGCCUCGAGAUGGAGCUGCUGCAAAGGCGUCCAAGGAAAGCGGACAAUGCAGAAAGUCCCAGGGUAGAGACAGCUACUGAACCUACUGACCAAAUUCCAGCGACUAGCAUUUCGCGCCAGAACUUAAUCAACCCGUAAACACAGAUUUUACAAUUGUUAUCUAGGUUUAAGUCAAGCAAGUUAGAUUGCAAGUCUAAGCUGUGAACAGUGUUUUUCAAUAAGCCUACCGUUUUUGUUAACCUAU